ACACAAGCAAAGACUGCAGUGGUUUUGUUCCUCAUAUGACUUCUAAAAGUUUCGAAGGUUGAGUUUCUCCUUUGUGAAAAAAGGAAAGCGAAGAGUAGGAGUAGUUGAGGCCAUUUUGAGUGUAGAAUCCACAUUCCUCAGUAACCAUGGAGAUCCCAUCAAGUGAUUCCAUUCCGUCUAAAAUGAAGGCUUGGGUCUAUGGUGAAUAUGGGAACGUUUCCAAUGUCUUAAAAUUAGACUCGAACGUUACAGUUCCUCAAGUGAAAGAAGAUCAGGUUCUGAUCAAGGUUGUUGCUGCAUCCAUUAAUCCAGUUGAUGCUAAAAGGAUGCUUGGCAUGUUCAAAGUCAGUGACCCUCCUUUGCCGACUGUUCCGGGCUAUGAUGUGGCUGGUGUGGUGGUUGAAGUUGGAAGCCAAGUUAAAAGGCUGAAGGUAGGAGAUGAAGUAUACGGAGACAUCAAUGAGAAAGCUUUGGACCACCCCAAACAAUUUGGCUCUUUAGCCGAGUACACUGCCGUUGAAGAGAAUCUAUUGGCUCUUAAGCCCAAAAAUCUGAGUUUUGCUGAAGCAGCCAGCCUACCCCUUGUCAUUGAAACCGCUUAUGAAGGUCUUGAAAGAACUGGGUUCUCUGCCGGCAAAUCUAUCCUUGUUUUAGGAGGUGCUGGUGGAGUUGGUACCCAAAUAAUUCAGCUGGCAAAGCACGUUUUUGGUGCAUCUACAGUAGCAGCAACCUCUAGCACAUCAAAAUUGGAGUUGCUGAAAAGCUUAGGAGCAGAUUUGGCUAUUGAUUACACCAAUGAAAACUUUGAGGACCUGCCAGAGAAGUUUGAUGUAGUAUACGAUGCAGUUGGGCAGUGUGACAGGGCAGUCAAGGCAGUGAAAGAAGAUGGAAGUGUGGUGACAAUAGUUGGUCCUGUAACUCCCCCGGCUUUGAUAUUCGUGCUCACUUCUAACGGCUCUGUCUUGGACAAACUGAAGCCCUACUUGGAGAGUGGAAAGGUGAAGCCGGUGCUAGAUCCCAAGGGUCCAUUCCCAUUUUCUCAAACUGUAGAGGCAUUUUCCUAUCUUGAAACCUGCAGAGCUGUAGGAAAAGUGGUAAUUUAUCCGAUCCCAUGAUUCCUGAAGACGAGAUCGG